AUGGACCCAAAAGAAACUGCUCAAAGUCAACGUGCGGGGUGGACUACCAACCAACGCCAAUACGAGCGAGCUCUGGUCGAUGGGCCGACGGCAGCGAUCGACCGUUUUCGAACGACUUUUCAGAAUCGCGCGCCUGGUCCACUGUCCAAAGAUGACGAGGUUGUAAAGCUCGCUGACGUCUUGAACGUUCGCCUGUUUGAAGCCUUUGGAGAUACGCUUGAAUUGCGGCGCGCGAUCAUGGGUAGCAAUAUAGUGCCCUUUCUGGUCGAUAUCAUGGCAGAGCCUGACUUUCUCAGACAUUAUCUCGGGUUCUCGUCGAGUAUCUGUGGAAUGAUACUUGGACACUUCGAUGUGUGGUUGUCAGCCGCUCGUACCACAGGGUUUGGCGGCGCUGGCCAAACACGUUCCAAGCUCGCAGCACUUGGAUUCCCUGAUGUGUUUUGGAGCAAGAUGCAAAAGGCCUGGAUAGGUUUAUGGGAGAACCGAUCGCAUCUGGCUGAAAGCGAUGACGUCAGGUUCAGACUGGCGUUGCUUGAACAAAUAGAACUGCUGGCGUUCAGUGUUCGGGAUCUGGAGAUGCAGCUUGCACUCAAUCCCAAAGGCUCGAAAGAACUAUCGCAGGUCGCAUUCUUUGUCUGGGCGCAACUGCAUGGCAAUGAAGCUAUGACGGAGAAGGACAUCCUUCAAUUGCGCUCACAGCAUCACGCACCGGUGAUUCUGUGGGACUAUUACGGAUCCAGUCCGACUAUGCAGGCAUCUGUACGCGAUAUCUUCGAGAAUGUGGGCGUAGACCGGUCCAUUCGCGCCACCGAAAAUACACUCAAGUGGUCCUUCUUGAUGACAGGCACCCACCUUCUUGCUUGUAUCAAACUCGUCACGCUGCUCCAUAAUGUUUACAUGUCGUCCCCACUUCUGUCGAAUACUGCCGUCCUGCCAGCCAUGGCCAUGGCUUUCGAGCGCCAGAAGAUUCGGCUCAAAUACGCCGAGUCUCAAGGCCAGGGUCAGGCUCCCGGAGUGACCUUAGCCAAGAAAAUACAUGCGAUACAUGCAGCUUGCGAACACAUCAAGAUCAUCUUCCUUGCUGUCCACGCCCAUAUCGCGCAGUCGUCGAUCCUUCCCGCGAAUGCCAUUCAAGCUGUCUGGAGUAUCUUCUUACAGACGAUAGAUAUGGCGCUUGAAGCGGACGAAUUGCGACUGAGUCGGAAAAACUCCGUGCCGAUGGAAGACAAUCUGUCCAGCCUUACCUCUUCCCUCAGCCAGGCGACGGAUUCCUUGGUUGUUGCCUUGAAUGAGGGUGGGCUCCCGUCUGAUAUCAUUGCCAGUCUCCGUAAAGAUGCGGCCGCACAAACGGAGGGCACCAGCACCUGGUAUUGCGUCGUGCCAGACCUACACCGGGUCAUCAAGGCGAAAUCACCGUAUGCAAAUACCUUCAUUACACUUCUUGACGCCUGGAGGUCUCUGGGUAAGGCGCUUGGCAUCGACGAGAUCACAGAGCGCGACCGGCGCGCGUCAUAUCAAGCGCGCAUAUGUUCGUGGCGUGCGUGCGCUUUCCACACCACGCCUUCACCGAGUCCACUCUCCACCUGUAAGGGGUGCCAUGAGACCAGAUACUGCUCAAAGGAUUGCCAAACACGUGACUGGAAGCAAGGAGGACACCGUGAAGAAUGCCGUAGACUGAAGAAGGAAUAG